UCUAUGCACAGAACCACAGGGGGGAUAUUUUGUGCAUCUAUGGUCAUUCAUUUGUCAGUCUGUGCAUUUGUCUUUUCGCUGCAACAAUAAUAUUAUAUAUAUUUUUAAGUCAUUUUUAACUGCAAUUUUUAGUAAUAAUAAAUUUAGUUAGUGGAAACAGGUUUGCUAGUAGUGUAUUGCCCAUCUCCUGUAAACAUUCGGUAUUAAAAUUUGCUAACCUCUAAAUGGUCCUGAGAAGAAUUAAGGCCACCCCAACGAUCAGAACUCAUUUAAUACGAAUUUAAAUGGCCAAUAAUGGUAUAGGAAGUUCGAAGCAGGAUAACUCGUCGCUUAUUACUCAAACUAAUUUGGAGUGUAAGAAUCUCUAUGAAUAUUUGAAGAAUCAGCCCCAAAAUGUGUUAGACAGAUUGUAUAACCACCCUGCUAUCUGUUUAGCAGUUUACAGGGAACUUCCGGAGUUGGCCAGGCAAUAUGUGAUAAGGAUACUGUUUGUAGAGCAACCAGUACCUCAGGCUGUGGUAGCGUCGUGGGGCAGUCAAGCAUCUUCUAAGGAACACAAUUAUGUGACCAAAGUACUUACUGAUUUAAAUGUGUGGAUCGAGGACUCUCUACCAGGAGGCCUAAUUGGCUGGAUGCUGUCUCCAACUUUUAAAAAGAACCUAAAGGCUGCCUUGUUGGGUGGUGGAAAACCAUGGAGUAUGUCAUCAGCUCUUGAUGCUGACAAAAAUGCUAGAGACGUUGGGUUUUUGGACUCAUACUCUUCGGAGAGAUGGGAGUGCGUGCUUCAUUACAUGGUCGGCUCCCAACAACAAGAAGGCAUUUCUGCAGAUGCCGUCAGAAUCCUCCUUCAUGCUGGGCUCAUGAAAAGAGAUGAAGAAGACGGCAGUCCUGUGAUAACGAGGCAAGGAUUUCAGUUCCUACUGCUUGAUCGACAUGCACAAGUUUGGCAUUUUCUUCUACAGUAUCUCGAUACUGUUCAGCAAAGAGGAUUAGACUUGGUUGAAUGUCUCACAUUUCUCUUUCAGUUAAGUUUCAGCACAUUAGGAAAGGAUUACAGCACAGAAGGUUUGAGCCCCGGCCUAUUAAUCUUCUUGCAACAUUUAAGGGAAUUUGGUUUAGUCUAUCAAAGAAAGCGUAAAGCUGGACGUUUCUAUCCAACAAGACUAGCCUUAAACAUAACGAAUAGCCAGAACAAGAAUGCUCCAAUCCUCGAAGAAGAUUCGCCUAAAGGGUACAUUGUCGUUGAAACAAAUUACAGGGUUUAUGCGUACACAGAUUCUAAUUUACAAGUUGCGCUAAUAGCCUUGUUUACUGAACUAAUGUAUAGGUUUCCAAACUUAGUAGUAGGUGUGAUAACUCGUGAUUCUAUAAGACAGGCUCUUCGCGGUGGAAUAACCGCAGACCAAAUAAUCGGCUACCUCAAGCAACAUGCUCAUGAACGAAUGUUAACAGCGGACACAAAACAGCCGCUUCCUCCGACAGUGGUUGAUCAAAUUAAGCUCUGGGAGCUUGAGAGAAACCGAUUGACUUAUAACGAAGGCGUGCUCUACAGCCAGUUCUUGUCUCAGGCCGACUUCAACGUCUUGAAAGAGUACGCGCAGUCAAACGGUGUCCUAAUCUGGUGCAACAAAGAGAAACGAACACUGGUGAUAAACAAAAAUGCACAUGACGACGUGAAGAAGUUCUGGAAGAAGUAUUCAAAAGGGAGUUAAGAUAGAAAUGUAUUACUCGUAAGAAUUUGUAAAUUAUUAAUAAAUAAUUUUGUUAUA